GGGGAAAAAAAUCGCUCUGUGCUUAGCAUGCGCAGUGAGGUCUCAGUUGGAGCCUGCUUGGUUUUGGGGUGGCCGCGAUGCCGCUGGAGAUGGAGCUGUGCCCCGGGCGGCUCAUCGGAGGAGAGCACCCCUGCUUCAUCAUCGCCGAGAUCGGGCAGAACCACCAGGGCGACCUGGAGAUCGCCAAGAAGAUGAUCCGCGUGGCCAAGGAAUGUGGAGCAGAUUGUGCCAAGUUCCAAAAAAGUGAGCUCGAACACAAAUUCAACAGGAAGGCCUUGGAGAGGCCGUACACGUCCAAACACUCGUGGGGGAAAACCUAUGGAGAGCACAAGCGCCACUUGGAGUUCAGCCAUGACCAGUACCGGGAACUCCAGCGCUAUGCCAAGGAGAUUGGCAUUUUCUUUACAGCCUCAGGCAUGGAUGAAAUGGCUGUGGAAUUUCUACAUGAACUGGAUGUUCCAUUUUUUAAAGUAGGAUCUGGAGACACUAACAAUUUCCCAUACUUGGAAAAGACAGCUAAAAAAGGCCGCCCAAUGGUGAUUUCCAGUGGGAUGCAGUCCAUGAGCACAAUGCAGCAAGUUUACAAUCUGGUGAAGCCCAUCAACCCAAACUUCUGUUUCCUGCAAUGCACAAGUGCUUACCCUCUUCAUCCUGAAGACGUCAACCUUCGUAUCAUAACGAAAUACCAGUCAGUCUUCCCAGAUAUUCCUAUUGGCUAUUCGGGCCAUGAGACAGGCAUAGCUAUUUCUGUUGCAGCAGUGGCAAUGGGAGCUAAAGUGCUGGAGCGCCACAUUACUCUGGACAAGACCUGGAAAGGAAGCGAUCAUCAGGCCUCCCUGGAGCCCAGUGAACUGGCAGAGCUUGUGAAAAGCAUCCGCAUGGUGGAGAAGGCUAUGGGGUCAACAGUCAAGCAGCUCUUGCCCUGUGAAGUUGCCUGCAAUGAGAAGUUGGGAAAAUCUGUAAUCGCCAAAGUCCGGAUCCCAGAAGGCACAGUGCUCACUCUGGACAUGCUGACGGUCAAAGUGGGGGAACCCAAAGGAUACCCUCCAGAAGACAUCUUUGACUUGGUUGGAAAGAAAGUCAAGGUGACUGUUGAGGAAGACGAAACCAUCGUCGAAGAUGCCAUUGAAAAUCAUGUGAAAAAAGUGAAAUGCUAGGCACAACUGUAUGGGAAAGGGGGUUGUAUGGAAAAUGAUGCAGCCAUAUAUGGAAAUGGUUGUGCUAAGGCACAAAGAAGCUUGAAAAGUGAUUGAUGCUGGGCCGUCUCUUCCUGGCAGAAAAAAGUGCUAAUACAGAAAUGCAAUCUUGCUCACUUGCAAUGAAAGUCCUUUGGUCUUUUUGAACAAGGGACUUUCAUUGCAGGUGAGCAAGGUUGCAUUUCUUUUAGGAGCAUCAGGUUGCCUUUAUUGAUGAAAAAUCCUAAACAGUCAGCCCUUCACAUUCAGUGGGUUUAGGGGCACAUGGACCCACGUGAAAGUAAACAACCACAAAGAAAGAAA